AUGUUACUCCUCUCGGCACUUGUAUCAUCGCUCAUACUCGGAAGUAGGGCUCAAGCCGCUCCAGCUCCUACAAAUCUCACUCGAUCAUCAGCAUCGGUAUCACAAAGAAGUGUCAACACAGGCUGGGAUUAUGGUCAAGAGAAAGUCAGAGGUGUCAAUAUAGGUGGUUGGCUCGUACUUGAACCGUUUAUUACCCCAUCGCUGUUCGAGCAAACUGGCAAUAACGACAUUGUAGAUGAAUAUACGUUCUCUCAAUACCAGGAUAAAAGUGUCGCUCAAUCUGCCUUGAAGGAGCAUUGGGAUAGCUGGAUCACUGAGGAUGAUUUCGCUCAGAUCGCUGCCGCCGGUCUGAACCACGUUCGAAUACCCAUCGGAUACUGGGCAUAUGAUGUAUCAGGUGGUGAACCAUACAUCCAAGGUCAAGCGGAUUACCUCGAUAAAGCUAUUGGAUGGGCAGGUAAACACGGUAUCAAGGUCAUGAUUGAUCUGCAUGGUGCUCCCGCUUCGCAGAAUGGUUAUGAUAACAGUGGUCACAGAGGUAGUGCCAAUUGGGCUACCGACAAUAACAAUGUCGUCCGGACCAAAAACGUAAUCUCUACUUUGGCUAAGAAGUACUCCGACCCUUCAUACUUUGGUGUAGUCACCAUGCUUGCUCUUCUGAAUGAACCCGCCACAUACAUGAACGAUCAACUUCUUCAAACCACUCGUCAAUACUGGAAAGAUGCCUACGGAGCCGCUCGAUACCCAUAUGGCAACUCUGAUAAAUCCGGUCUGGUAUUAGUCAUUCACGAUGGAUUCCAACCAUUAUCAACCUACCAAGGAUUCAUGUCUGAACCUGAGUACGAGGACGUAUUCCUCGAUACUCACAAUUAUCAAGUAUUCAAUGAUGAUUUCGUAAGCUGGAAUUGGGAUCAACAUGUCAAGGGAAUCUGCGAUAAAGCCAGUACAUACUCUCAAUCACCCAUGUGGCUAGUCGUAGGCGAAUGGUCACUGGCUACUACAGAUUGUGCCAAAUACCUCAAUGGUAGAGGUAUCGGAGCAAGAUACGAUGGUACUUACUCUGGUUCCUCAUAUCAUGGUUCAUGUGAUGAUAAGUCCAAUGACGUAUCCAAGUAUUCUAGCGAAUACAAGGAAUUCCUUCGUAAAUUCUACGACGUGCAAGUCCAGACAUACGAGAACAAUGGUCAAGGAUGGAUCCACUGGACAUGGAAGACUGAAUCAGCUGCUGACUGGUCUUACCAGAGUGGUAUCAAGAACGGGUUCAUCCCUUCUGAUCCCACAAACCACAAAUACUCCUACCAAUCCCUUUGUGGUUAA